GACAACAGCCGGCGCGUGGACAACGUGCUGAAGCUCUGGAUCAUCGAGGCGCGGGACCUGCCCCCCAAGAAGCGCUACUACUGCGAGCUGUGCCUGGACGAUAUGCUGUACGCGCGGACCACCAGCAAGGUGCGCACGGACAACGUCUUCUGGGGGGAGCACUUCGAGUUCAACAACCUGCCGGCCGUGCGCACCGUCCGGCUGCACCUCUACAAGGACACCGACAAGAAGCGCAAGAAGGACAAGAGCAACUACGUGGGCAUGGUGAGCAUCCCCAUCGCCAGCGUGACUGGGCGCCACUUCGCCGAGCAGUGGUACCCGCUCAGCCAGCCCAGCGCCAGCAAGAGCAAGUCCAGCUGCCCGGCCGUCCGCGUCAAGAGCCGCUUCCAGACCAUGAGCAUCCUCCCCAUGGAGCUCUACAAGGAGUUCGCCGAGUACGUCACCAACAACUACCGCAUGCUGUGCGCCGUCCUGGAGUCCGUCCUCAGCGUCAAGAGCAAGGAGGAGGUGGCCUGCGCUCUGGUGCACAUCCUCCAGAGCACGGGGAAGGCGAAGGACUUUCUGUCGGACAUGGCCAUGACGGAAGUGGAUCGCUUCAUGGACCGAGAGCACUUGAUCUUCCGGGAGAACACGCUGGCCACAAAAGCCAUAGAGGAGUAUCUCAAACUGAUUGGACAAAAAUACCUCAAGGAUGCUAUUGGCGAGUUCAUCCGGGCAUUAUACGAGUCGGAGGAGAACUGCGAGGUGGACCCCAUGAAGUGCUCGGCCUCCACCUUGGCUGACCAUCAGGCGAACCUGCGCAUGUGCUGUGAGCUGGCCCUCUGCAAAGUGGUCAACUCCCACUGCGUGUUCCCUCGGGAGCUGAAGGAGGUCUUUGCGUCCUGGAGGCUCCGCUGUGCCGAGCGGGGCAGGGAGGACAUCGCCGACCGCCUGAUCAGUGCCUCUCUCUUCCUGCGCUUCCUGUGCCCGGCCGUCAUGUCCCCCAGCCUCUUCGGCCUCAUGCAGGAGUACCCCGACGAGCAGACGUCCCGCACCCUCACCCUCAUCGCCAAGGUCAUCCAGAACCUGGCCAACUUCUCCAAGUUCGGCAGCAAGGAGGAGUACAUGGCCUUCAUGAACGAGUUCCUGGAGCUGGAGUGGGCGAGCAUGCAGCAGUUCCUCUACGAGAUCUCCAACCUGGACACGCUCACCAACAGCACCAGCUUCGAGGGCUACAUCGACCUGGGCCGGGAGCUCUCCACACUCCACGCCCUGCUCUGGGAGGUCAUGCAACAGCUCAGCAAGGAAGCCCUGAUCAAGCUGGGCCCGCUGCCCCGCCUCCUCAACGACAUCAGCCUCGCUCUCAGGAACCCGCACAUCCAGCGGCAGCCCAGCCACCAGGGCGAGCGGCUGCAACCAAAGCCCGUCAUCCUCCGCGGACCCUCGGCUGACAUGCAGUCCUCCUACAUGAUGCGGGACCUCAACAGCUCCGUGGACAUGCAGCCCUACAUGAUGCGAGGCAUGAACAGCUCCAUGGAUAUGACCCGCUUGCCUUCGCCCACCAAGGAGAAGGGCUCCAAGGACAUGUUCUUUGUGGCCCGCCCCCCGCUGGCCCGCUCCUCCCCGGCCUACUGCACCAGCAGCUCGGACAUCACGGAGCCGGACCAGAAGGUGCUGAGCGUCAACAAGAGCGUCUCGAUGCUGGACCUGCAGGACAGCCGGAUGAACAGCAUCUCCAACCUGCACAGCGUGGGCGACAUGCUCAACAGCAGCCAGGCCUCCAUCACGGCGGGCCUGGGGCUGCGGCCCAGCCGCCUCUCCCAGGGCAGCGGCUCCAGCAUCGCGGCCGGCCUGCGCCUCAGCCAGAUGGGCGUCACCACGGACGGCGGGGGCGGCCCCUCCUCCGCCCAGCAGCUCAGGAUCCCCCUCUCCUUCCAGAACCCCCUCUUCCACAUGGCCUCCGACGGGCCGGCCCACCCGCACCGGUCCCCGGAGGGCAACCCCGACGCCUUCGCCCCCUUCCACGGCUACAGCAAGAGCGAGGACCUCUCCUCCAGCAAGCACAUCAUCCACAGCCACAGCUACAGCGACGAGUUCACCCGCCAGAGCUCCGAGUUCACCAAGCGCCAGCUCUCCCUCCAGGAGAACCUCCAGAACAUGCUCUCCCCCCCCCAGAUCACCAUCGGGCCCCAGCGCCAGGCCCCGCUGCCGCCCCCCCAGCAGCAGCCCCCGCAGCAGCCCUCCGCCCAGCGCGGCCCUUCGUGGGCGCUGGGUGUGACCACAUCCCUCAAGGUCCACUCCCCCGGCGGGGAGCCCCCCACGGCCCCUCGAUCUUGGCCGCAGCCCCUCCGGCAGACGGACGCGGAAGGCUGCUGCCUGCACUCAGGCGGCCCCUUCCCUUCCGGGCCGGGGAUGAACUUUCAGGCGCUCAGUGGCUGGACGCCCUCGCACACGCCUUCGACGCUGAACCCUGUCAUGCCGGCUUCAGAGCGGACGGUCGCCUGGGUCUCCAACAUGCCUCACCUCUCGGCCGACAUCGAGAGCUCCCACAUAGAGCGGGAGGAGUACAAGCUGAAGGAGUACUCCAAGUCCAUGGAUGAGAGUCGGCUGGACCGGGUGAAGGAGUACGAGGAGGAGAUCCACUCCCUGAAAGAGCGCCUCCACAUGUCUAACCGGAAGCUGGAGGAAUACGAGCGACGGCUGCUGACUCAAGAGGAGCAGACGAGCAAAAUCCUGCAGCAGUACCAGCAGCGGCUGGAGCAGAGCGAGAAGCGGCUCCGGCAGCAGCAGGUGGAGAAGGACUCUCAGAUCAAGAGCAUCAUCGGCAGGUUGAUGCUGGUGGAGGAGGAACUGCGCAGGGAUCACUCGGUCGCCCUCGACGCCUCCGAACCGCGGAAACGACUGCUCGACGCUCAGGAGAGGCAGCUUUCCGCCGUGGGUGCAGCAAACCCGCGUCUGAGCGUCGCUAUGGGUCAGCCCUGGAACGGGAUCCGACCCGGGCAACCGCCUCCGCCCCCGCGACUCCAGAUCACGGAAAAUGGAGAGUUUCGCAACACCGCGUCUGAGCACUAG